GCCAUCUCUCUAAACUCACCGCGUGUUGACAUUUUGAUUUGUUAUCGAAUCAUAAAUUUUUCAUCGUGAUCAUUGUGUUUAGUCCUUGAUUCAAUGAUUAUGCAGAGAUAUACUGCUUGUAGUCCAUAUAACUUGUAAAAUACUGAUGUUAAGUAGGCUACCAAGAAUGUAUCACAAAUAAAACUAAGGAUGCAAAAUUGAAUAAGUGUUGGAAAAAUGGCAACACCUUGUAUAUCACCUCCAAAAUUACAUAGGAAUGGGAUUUCUAACCUUUUACAUCCUAGACUUGAUACUCCAUCAAAGGAUAGUUUCUCAAAAAGUAGCACAGCCAGGCCUCUACAAUGUGACGGGCUCAGUCAGUGUAGAUUUGCUUACGCUACUUGGUGCCCAGUUUGCAAAGAACAAGAGAAGAGUAAAAAAAUCUAUCAGGGAAGCCGAAGGAGAAGCAAGAGCGAGGGAAUGGAAAUGGAUAGAAGUAAAGAUUACUACAACAAAGCCACAAAUAGCGAAACGUAUCACUACCAAUCAGGGAUCAGUUUUGUGAAACGAAGACAGCUUUCCAGAAAACUUCUGAGUGACGAAAGAACAGACAACUGCGAGUAUUCAGUCUCAGCUAAAAAAGAACAAUUUGACCCGUAUUUUAAUAAAACAUCCGAGUGUAGUUACCACAGUAAAUUUGACGGCAAAGUAAAAACUGUUUCAAAACGUGUGUGUAAACCUUGUGAAAACCACUUUGAGCCCAACUGUCCAAUAUUUGACACUUGGAAUCGUUCCCAUAAUGAGUGGGACUUCCCUCGAAGUGAGAGUGAAGUCAUGCCUUUACACGAACGAUAUUACUACGAAGUAGAAAUGCUGAGGAACAAACUACACAAAUUGAGGGAAACUCCAAUCGAUAACAAGAGAGUGAAGCAUGUAAAUGAAACCGAUUACAGUAACAAUCUAGUUGAAGUAGGAACAAAGCGACCAAGAGAUGUUUCUCCAUCUAUUCAUACAUCAUCAUCAGCUGUCCGAAAGUUGCUGCCAUCAGCUACUACAAGUAAGGGGCCCCUCCUGCCUCGAGAGAAGUCCGUCCUCAGUAGUGAAUCUGUUACUUCUUAUUCUUCUGAUUCUGAAUAUAACGACAGUGGUUGUGAAGAAGAAGAUAUAAGAGACAACAAUGAAGUUGAUUUAGAGGAAGAUGUUUCAACGCCGGGCCUGAAGAACUCGUUCUCCAAUUCCAACUCGCCGUCUCGUCUAGUUGACUCGAUCUCAAUAAAUGAUCAAGGAGAAUGUGUUGUUAUUGACUCAGGAAAAAUUCACUCUGCUCUCAGGCCAAGCUUGUUUUCUCAUGUUCCUCCAUACAUCAGGUUCUCGACUCACGAUGUCAAAGGAGCUGCACUUCCUCCCUCGAUACAGAAACUGCUCAAGUGGAAACUCAGCACUAUAACUCCUGUUGUUGUACGCAGAACAGUGCUCAACUCUAACUUUAAACUCGUUAGAAAAUCAAAUGAAUGGUGUGGAACAUGGGGGAAGCACAUGAAGUCUCUAUGUUUCAAAACUCUCAGAGAAUACCAGAAGAUCAACCACUUUCCUGGAACAUUUCAAAUUGGACGCAAAGAUAGAUUGUGGAAGAAUCUAUUUAGACUCACCACUAAAUUCGGAAGAAAAGAGUUCGGUUUCAUUCCAAAGACGUAUGUCCUGCCUCAAGACAACAAGCUGUUGCGUGCAGCUUGGGAAAAGAACUGUGGGAAGGAGACAUGGAUCGUCAAACCGCCAGCGUCUGCGAGAGGAACGGGUAUCAAGGUGAUUCACAAGUGGACACAGAUACCCAAGAAGUGUCCCCUCGUGGUGCAGAAAUACAUCCUCAACCCGUAUCUGAUCAACGGCAGCAAGUUCGACCUUCGGCUGUACGUGUUGGUCACCAGCAUCAACCCCCUGCGCAUCUACAUGUACGACAAUGGACUCGUCCGGUUCGCUUCGGUGAAAUAUUCGAACGAGUUCACCUCAUUGGCUGACCGCUACAUGCACCUGACCAACUACAGCAUCAACAAACUGAGCAGCCAGUACACUCAGAAUGAGGAUGCGACUGCCUGCCAGGGACACAAGUGGUCUCUGCAAGCGCUGUGGACGUACCUCAGGGAGGAACGCAAGGUGGACGUGAAGGCCUUGUGGAAGACAUUGGUGGACUUGGUGAUCAAAACCAUCAUCAGCGGAGAGUCCCCCAUCAGUCAGCUCAGCUCGGCCAACCUCGCGUCUCGCUACUGCUCCUACGAGCUGUUCGGUAUCGAUGUCCUACUGGACCAUGAGCUGCGGCCCUGGCUGCUGGAGGUGAACAUCUCACCCUCGCUUCACUCGUCCUCACCUCUAGAUCUGGCAGUCAAGGGACCAAUGGUACAGGACCUCAUGAACAUUGCUGGCUACCAGAUACCAAACAAGCUUAGUGCUCAGGUUCAGCAAGGGUUGGCAGAGAGUCUAGGGCUGGACUCUAACUUGUGUUUUGACCGUCGUCUGUACACCACAGCUCUAUCUCAUGAGGAGAGAUUAAAACACAUCAACUUCCAGCAGAUGGAAUGCCGAACAGAUUAUUUAGACCCCAUAGUACAAGACCUGACUCCUGAUGAUGUACGACACCUGGUACAAUAUGAAGAUGAACUUACGCAAAUCGGAAGUUUUCAGAAGAUUUUUCCAACAACAGAAACCUAUGAGUAUCAUCAUUUCUUCGAGGCCCCAAGGUACUACAACAUGCUGUUUGAUGCUUGGGAGGUGAAGCAAAGUAGGGAUCGAUCAGAAGGUAUUGCCUUGCUGCAAUCUCUGUGCCAAAAGCAAGUUCACUUAGACGUAACUCAAAUCCCUCCUAAACGCACAAAGGUUUCUAUGAGCCUGAGCGAGAACGAGUUGAGAGAGCUGGACCUUCUGGAAGUAGAAUCUCAAGAAGCAGCCGAAGACUUUCGUACAGCUCUUCAUGAGAAAAUAAAGGAGAGGUGUAAGCUGAAGGUUGGCACUAUUGUGAGGGCUGCUCGACGGCGCAACGGCCGACCUAACCUGGUGACCAAACCAUAUCCUCGCUCAACCGUCAUCGCUCUGCGAGCAAUCAAGUGUCAAGCGACUCAACGCUCAUUGCCUGCCUCCAGCCAGUAGAAACUAUAGAUCAAAUCUUGACGAACUAGUGUUUUCAAUGUGAUAUUGACUUAAGUUAUAAGGAUAAUCUACUAAAUAGGCCUGAUUGAAAAACUGUAUUGUCCAUUUUUUUUUAUGCUGCAAGUUACAGCUUUCACUUUUUUAUGUUCAUAAGUUACAGCGUAUAUUUUUUUAUGUUAGGUUAGUGACAAACCAAAGGAGAUUUGAGGCAUUGAUACUUGUGCCUUAGUAGUAGUUGAAACACCGGUGGAUGGUUUAAUUUUUUUUCACACCUGGUUAUAACUCACUGAUUUACUUCUGUGAUUCAGUUAUUCCAUGAAUUUAAAAUGUUUAAGGUUUUAGAGUUGUACAAAAAAGUGAUCAUGUGUGUUGUUCUAGCGUAGGUUGGAUUUUAGCGUAGGCGGAACUUGGAUUCGUUAUGCCCAAAUGAAGUUAUAUGGUCUAACUAUGAACAAUAAAUUAUUGCAAUUCAAA